AUGCCGGAGGGUCCCUCAGUGAGAGUGUUUCACUCUGUUACAUCCCCUUUUGUUGGUAAAGUUGUGCAGAGAGCCUCAGGUAGCACCAAACAAGUGUGUCUGCAACAAUUUGUGAGUCUGAAACUGCAGCACAGUGAAGUGCAUGGCAAAAACCUGUUCCUGAGUUUCACAUCUGCUGGUCAUGGACUGGGAUCUGAUUGUCCGAAAGUAGUGAGAACACAUGGACAGAAGAUACCGGAUCCAGCCCAGAGGCCAGCACUGGGCUCUCCCAGCAAGCAACGAGUGAUGGAAGAUGGCCGCUUGAGAGAAGAGCAGGAGGAGGCGAGGGAAAGCUGUGCUCUGUCCUUGGGGCAAGGCCAGUUGACCCCUCAGCACAAAAGGCUAUGGCUGCGAUUUCACUUUGGGAUGUUCGGGAGUGUCAGAGCCAAUGAGUUUUCGCGGGCAAAGCGUGCCAAUAAGAAGGGAGACUGGAAGGAUCCAUCACCAAGAUUGGUGCUGUAUUUCCCAGGAGGACAGUUUCUUGUAUUCUAUAAUUGCCGGAUUUGUCUCUGUAACAGCCCUCCCUCUGGACAUAGCUGCGAUAUCCUACACCCAAAGUUCAGCAGAAACCUGGCACUUCAGGCUCUACAACGAGCUCAGCCUGUCUGCUACACUCUGCUCAACCAGCAGCUGUUCUCUGGCCUUGGGAAUAUCAUUAAGAAUGAGGUGCUGUAUCUGUCUGCGAUUCACCCCAUGUCUCUGGGCUGUAUGCUCCAUGUUGACCAACUCCAGAAGCUGCUGGACAACGUGAUCCAGUUCAGCCACGAAUGGCUGGACAAGAAGGUGAAAGGCAAAGGCUUAAAGUACCACAUCUAUCAGAGAGAGCAGUGCCCUCAGGGUCAUGCUGUGGAGAGGGCAGACCUGGGAGCACCUCGUUGUCUUCAGCGGCCUACAUGGUGGUGUCCUGUGUGCCAACCUGCAGUGCAUUGA